CUUGUGUUCAACGUAACAACAAAAAGAAACUUUGAAAUGUUAUGAACAAACCCCAAAGCUUGCUUUUAGCAAACCACAAAAAAACUGUAUCACCCUGAAUCACCGUCUCUCUCUGAUUUUGUAAACACUAGUGAGGAAACAGAGGUUAGACUGAAGAUAGCGUUCAUCUCUGAAUGGUUUUUUCAUAAAAAAUGUUUUCUUUAGUUCAAAGAAUUAACGCAUUGAGUAUAAAAGCACAAAUUUACACGAAUGUUUUAGCAGAAGUAAUCAGUAGAGGAGCUUCGAAAAAGGCUGGGGGAAGUACUAAAAACCAUGGAAAUGCAAGACGUAAACGUAGAGGAAUUCGUGUUCAAGAUGGUAGAUUUGUUCAAAAAGGAACAAUACUUGUUCUUCAAAGAUAUCUAAUAUUUCACCCUGGAUUAAAUGUGGGGUUUGGUAGAAAUGGUACAUUAUUUGCAAUGGUUCCCGGCACUGUGAGAGUAACAUGUGAGAAACCUGACCUGAACAUGGAUCAUUCUUGGGUCAGACAGACAUAUGGAGGAAGAAGUGUUGAGAACAUGUACAAGAAAUAUUUUAAUGUAUUGCCAGAGAAACAACACCAAAGAUUCAAGUUGCUUGAUAAAAUAUAAUUAUUAUUUUUAGUCUUGUAGUAAAUAAAUUCAACAAAUGUU